UAUUAUCGCUCACAGUCACAGUUGACUUACGUCUGACUUGGGGUUUCUUCCGUCACAACCCGAGGCUCGAUAGCCUUCAUAGAUCUGAAAAGUAUGUUUCAAGUGUGACCGUUCAUCUCUCAAACUGUGAGUACUUUGAACCAGUCUGUUUCCCAUGCUAGCAUUUUCAUUCUACCCAAUUGUUUCACUCAAUUUUCCAAAACCCAGUUCAGUUAUGAUUUAUGAUUGCAACUUCUGUGUGGUUUAGAGCAAAAUUGUCUAGAAAAGGAAUGACAAUUUAUGUAAUUACAUUAGGAUUUGAUACAUUUGCUUAGGGAGAAUCCUGCCCUGUUGUUUAUCCAUCGGUUUUUCUAGGGGUUAGUGGGUUCUUGAAAUUCAGUUAGAUCUCAUACUUAUAGAGGGCCAAAAAAUGGAUAUGCAUCUGAAGAAUCUUUUUGCAAGAUUUCAUGAACAGUUUGGUUCAGGUCCAGGACUGGGUCCUGGAUCUGGGACAUGUCUUCUCAAAGUGGAAGGCAUUUCCCCUCCUUUCAUCAAAUCCCUCUAUAGAGCUGCUGCAGCCCUAUACCGGACCGAUCCGUGGAGACGAUUGUGUCCGGUGCACCUUUUUGGUGUUCGGGUUGGGAAAGAUUCCGACUGGUCUGGUAAAAAGCAGCCUUUCCCCUGCAUUCAGUUCAUAGGUGGGGAUGGAGGGGAUUUAGGGUUUCAUUUGUUUCGGUCUGCAAAUGAUGCUAAGAGGAUGACUGGGUCUAGGGAAACAAUUAGGGUUCCAAAUGUUGAGGUUUUUAGAGUGACCUAUGAGUUGGAGUCUUUGAUGUUUCCGUCGAAUAAGAAGGUGGUUAAGUCGUUUGCAUUGGAAGUGUCUGGUACUGACCGCUUUCCUGUUAUCGAUGUGGCGCGUUGUAAUUCGUCUGGUGGGCUUCAGUUUAGAAAUCCCUCCCUUGAAGAGCUUAGAUUCGUGUAUGCUGUCAUGAGAGCCAUUUCGUUGGUGCACCCUUUGCUUCAGCAAGAUGACGAUGCUUGUCCAAAGUGGUCAAGAGUAAUGAAAUUUGAGCCUUUUAUUGAGACAGUUGAUGCACAAUGGCCUCCUGAAAUGGCCAAGGGUAGUGAUCUUGUUGCAGUUACGGUCUCACAUCCGCCUGGUCAGGGAUACCAAGAAAAGGCCAGCUCAACAGCUAGCUCAACCCCCACAAAGCACACAGACCCACCAAGGGAUGAGAAUUUUAUGGAUUUGCAGUUGAGCUAUUAUAGUGUUGGUUUGAGGCAGUGUGUUAUGUGUGAGAGAGAAGUCCACGGACAACAAUCUAUCACUUGCGACCAGUGUCGUGCGGUGAGUUACUGCAGUGCCCUUUGCCUGAAGCAACACUGGAAGGAAACGCAUAAUACAUUGUGCGGGCUUUACAAGGGGAUGAUGGAAAGAGAAGAAGAGUUGGAAGUGAAGAUCUUCAUCUUCCCUCGUUCCGCUGACCUGCCGUGUAAGUGGCUUGAGGCGUUAGGUAUCCAUCAAAAGGGAAUGUGGCGCCGGAAGUGCAGUUGUUUUUCCCAUUGCCCUUUUGGUCUGCUUCCUGCUAAAGAUGGACUUUGGGAUUCUUGGGGUGGGCUUGAUGAUGAUGAGUAUCCAGUUGAUUCACCUUUAACAGUUGGGUUUUUAAGUCCCAUCCUUCUCUCUGGGUGGUUGGAGUACUAUAACCUUCGCUCACUUCCAUUGUCAAGUCCCGUUUCUGACAUUCUCUCCCACCCAUUGACACUUUAUUACAUACUAACCUCACUGAGUAUCAGCACAAAGAACCGCUUACUGGAUGGCAAAGAGGUGGUUCUUCACUAUCUUGGGCCAGAAGGGGAAUUGGAUUGGAUGCCUGCUUUUGCUGAAAUAGGUCAUCUACUUAACGGGACAGCCAAUAUACAGAUAGUAAUGGUGGGUCCCGGAGUUCCGAUGAAUUUGUCUGGGACAACUUUGGGGAUAAGUAACAGAGUGAGGGUGAAUCUUGUGAGUGGUCUUUAUCAGGAGGAAGCAGCUUACCUUUCUUCUCCCCAUGUAAUUGUCGGACUAAAUUGUAGAUUGGAGAACUAUGCGAGUUGGGUUGACGCCUUGCACUUGAUCAAGUCCAUGGGUGUUCCGGCAUUUUUCACUGAUCAGUCAGAAAUUUCUUGUGCUAAUGCUAAACAAGUUCUUCAGAGUGCUGGGCUCAAUGUUACUCAACCUGUGACACCAAAUCCUUUUCGAUCACCGGUGAGGAAUCAUGGACCUUGUAACAAUCUUCCCUCAUAUAGCAAUGGAUUUUUGUUUGGAGUGAAUACAUGAUCUCGAACCCUAGAGGGUUUGAAUCAGAGUCUUUUCAAGGAAGUUCAACCCUGCUUUACCUUAAUGUAUUGAAACAUUGCUUUUAUAUUGUUGUUCUUAGUCUAUGUGUGAUUGCUGUAGAGUUUAUUUAUUUAUCUUUGAUAAGUAAUAAAUUUAUUGAAAAUGCAUGCAGGGGACUCCACCCAUGUACUCUGUAGAGUUUAUUUAUGUCUCAUUUGAAUUCCUGGGUAUAUGUACCAAAUUUCUAUUUCUUCAAUUGGGUAGAAAUGGGUUUCAA